CUCAUUGAAACGAGCGAAAGGUGUGGGGUGUGAGAGACAGGCGACAAAGAUUCUAGAUCUAGUCAAGAUCUAGAUCUAGAUCUAGAUUCCAGAGAGACGGCAACACUUUUGGUCCUCGUAUUGGAACACUAGAAAUCGGACAUGGAUAAAAUUGAACCUAGUGCGUGCAUUGGGCAUUUUAAAGCCCAACGAUGUUUAUGGGAUCCAUCAGAUCCUGCAUACAAGAACAGCGAUCUGAGGCGGAAUGCGCUUCAAAGAAUUCUUAUACAAAAUAAUGUUCCUGUGACAGACGAAAAUGUUUCAGCCUGGAAUAAAAAGUUCAACGGUUGGAUGACCAAGUACAAACAGGAGCUCCGUCAAGUAUACGAGUAUUCUUUCAAUGCAUACAACCCUGAAUGGGUCAACUUUAACCUGUUAGAUGAGUUUUUACGUCCCAUUUUCCAAAAUAAGAUCUUUAAAUGUCCAGCCACCAGCAUUGCAGCUUCAAAGCAUCCCCCACCUAGCCAAAGUGGGGUUCAUUCUCCACCGGACGGACAAACACCCAAGAAAAAGAAGAAACAGAAUCCCAGCUCGGCAGCAACCCCAGAAUCUGCACAUGCACGCUUUGGAAAAUAUAUCGCCAAUACUCUUGACAGCUUUGCCGUCGAUGACGCCACUGCAGCUGUAAGAGAAAUCCAAGCGGUCAUUACCAAAUAUGUCAUGAAGAUAUAACCCCUCACAGUGGCAUAGUUUUUUUUACAUUGUACCAACUCAUCGAGAUUUACAACAGCAGAUCUUGAAUUAUGUGUUCUGGAGGGCAGGCAAAAAUUGCCUCGGUGGGGCCUAAAAAUCAGAGGGCACCGAGGCGAUUUGCUAGGGCACCAUGGCAAUAAUUGUAGGUAAUCAUUUUGUUGAAUAAAGUUGGUAAUACUGGA